CAUAACAAACAGAAACUCACCACCGUUUCUCUUUUCUUUCUUCUUUCUUCUUUCAUUUUUUUCAACAAUUUUCCGCGAAGGAAAAGAAGAGAAAUCAACGUAAGAAGAUAGAGGAGGCGUCAACAGCAAAAGGGUGUGGAGCAAAAUGGCCAGAGAAGCCUUCAUGUUGAAACAAAGUGCCUUGUUGUCUCUGAGAGCGUUGAAGAGCUUGUUGACGUUGAUAUGCGCGGUUGCUAUGCUGCUGCUGCUGCCGUUCAGAGGGCGGAGGAGGGUGUCGCUGGCAAAGAAGGUGCCAAGGAAAAGUGCCGGUGCUAGUGAUGGUGCGGUGGCAAGGAGAGAGUUGGCCAUAAGGAGGGUGGUGGAGGAUGAUGACCAAAGAUGUGUGAGGGAGUAUCAGCUUUUGGGGACCAAAAGGGGUGACACCAUUUUCACACAAUGUUGGACACCAGUUUCUCAUAAUAUCAGGGGACUCGUUCUUCUUAUGCAUGGACUUAAUGAACACAGUGGCAGAUAUAGUGAUUUUGCGAAGCAGUUGAAUGCUAAUGGCUACAAAGUUUAUGGGAUGGAUUGGAUUGGCCAUGGUGGAAGUGAUGGUCUGCAUGCGUAUGUCCAUUCUCUAGAUGAUGCUGUAUCGGAUAUGGUAUGUUCUAAAACUACAAGAAUUUUGUGGAAUAGUGUAUAAAUAUAAGGGGCUGUG